UUUCCAGUGUAAUUAUACAUUUAAGUCCUGAGUGAUAUUAAUUAACAACAUGUACUUACUAUAGAGUUAAGGUUAGGAUUGGGGCUUGGUUUAUAGUUGCCUGUAAUUAUGCGUAAUUACUUUUAUUAAGUAUAUGUAACGUGUAAGGACACAUUACCUAAAUGAAUCACUGUGUCCACAAAUAUCCCAUCAUCAAAUCGACAUAAAACCUGAAAACGAUACAUAAAAUGUAAUGUGCAUUAAGAAAAAAAGGUAUUCAGCACAUAAAAAAAAUAUAAAGAAAAGGCUCACAGACGUCUGUAGUUUUUAGAAGCUAGAAUUGUUUGGAUAUAGUAUUAAUACAGAGGUACUAUGUUAUAUCUUAUGAUUUUAAGUUGCAAAAAGCAAACAGUGUAAGGAAAGCUCAAUGUGCCAUUGAGGCGGGGAUAAGCAGUGAUGAUGUAACAGGAAGCCACUACACUGAAUAUCGUACAGCACUGACAGCCGUCGUCAUUCACACGCUGCGCGUCUCGUGCGCUCUUUCAUCUCGCGCUCUGAUAUUGUACAUCGUUUCAUGCCACCGUGACGUCGCAAAGGAAAGUAAUGACUGUUUAUGUUUUUAAAUAACAAGAAGGCGCGUUCGUUUUUAUCUGAACCUCUCCAGACCACCUUGGAUUUAAUCUACAGAUCGAUAGUGGGUCAUUGGAAAUGCCAAAGAAGAUGACAGCUAGCAACUGGACAAUUUGUCUGUUUCUGAUGGGAUCUGUCACUGAGUUCAUUGUUCUAGCCAGUCCUGAGGUGAAUGAAAGCCAACAACAACAUCCUCAAAAUGUGUACCAUGACAUCAGUGUUACCAGAAACAAGAUUGUGACUGCACAGUUUGAGUGCUAUCAGAAGAUCAUGAAGGACAACAGUCAAGACAGAAGAGCUGGCCCGAUGUGCAACAGGACCUGGGAUGGAUGGUUGUGUUGGGAUGAUACAGAGGUCGGCGUCACCUCCGAGCAACACUGUCCUGACUAUUUCCAGGACUUUGACCCUGCAGAAAUGGUCACCAAAAUAUGUACAGAAAGUGGGCAAUGGUUCUUACAUCCUGAGAGCAACCGCACAUGGACAAAUUUCACCAGAUGUAAUUUGCACACUACUGAAGGACGAAGGACUGCAAUGAACUUGUUCUACUUGGCGUUAAUAGGUCAUGGGCUCUCUUUAACGUCUUUGUUCAUCUCACUAGGCAUAUUCUUUCAUUUCAAGAGUUUGAGCUGCCAGAGAAUUACCCUGCACAAAAACCUUUUCUUUUCCUUUGUGUUAAACUCCGUUAUCACUAUCAUUUGGUUAACAGCAGUGGCAAACAACCAGGAAUUGGUUCAGCAAAACCCAAUCAGCUGCAAAGUAUCGCAAUUUAUUCAUCUAUACAUCUUUGGAUGCAACUACUUCUGGAUGCUUUGUGAAGGGAUUUACUUGCACACACUCAUUGUUGUGGCAGUGUUUGCUGAAAAACAGCAUUUAAUGUGGUACUACCUUCUUGGAUGGGGUUUCCCACUUAUACCCGCCACAAUACAUGCUGUAGCCAGAAGUUAUUACUACAAUGAUAAUUGUUGGAUCAGCUCAAAUACUUCUCUGCUAUACAUUAUUCAUGGACCUAUCUGUGCAGCGCUGCUGGUGAACUUGUUCUUUCUGCUGAACAUCGUACGAGUCCUCAUCACCAAACUGAAAGUAACACACCAUGCAGAGUCUAGUCUGUAUAUGAAAGCUGUCCGUGCCACCCUCAUUCUGGUUCCACUCCUCGGCAUCCAGUACGUUCUCCUCCCAUAUAAACCUGCAGGGCGUGUUUCCGCUGAAAUCUACGACUACAUCAUGCAUAUCAUAAUGCAUUAUCAGGGACUGUUGGUGGCCACGAUCUUCUGCUUUUUCAACGGAGAGGUCCAAGCGGUUUUAAGGCGGUACUGGAAUCAGUACCGCAUCCAGUUUGGAAGCACCAUCGCGCAGUCCGAUGCUAUGAGGUCUGCCUCGUACACGGCGUCCUCCAUUACAGAGGUCCAGGGCUGUUACAGCAUCGAUGGCCACACAGAACACUUGAAUGGCAAAAACUGCAAUGACAUUGACAACAUCUUAAAACCAGAGAAUCCCUUUGCCUGAUGCCACUGAACGUGGCAGUAUACAGUAUAUAUAAACGGUUGGUUACAGCAACAGCUGUCACAUGGCUGACUUGGACCUUUCUACCCACAAUUCACCACUCAUACUCUCUGAAGGGUGGAGAAAAGGUAUUUCUCCUAGAAUUUACACUGAAAAACAUUUUGCUACCUUCAUUCAAUGGACAAAUACAAGCAUUAUUUGCCAUGUCUUUGUACUUCACAGUAUUUUAGUUUGCUCGACUGCUGUCUGCAGUGGAAUUAAAUGUAAAUAUUCAGCUCUUAUAUGUAAUGCACUUCUUUGUCUUAUAGGAUUGUCCCUGUGAUAAAAAAGAUAAAUCUAAUCCAAAUGAUGACCACACUGAGAAAUGUAUAUUUUUAAACAACAACAACUAUAUGUUGGAAAAAAAAUUGAAGAGUGCGCAAAAGCCAGUGCCACUUUUUCUUUUAUAAGGCCGCGUGACCACCAAUGCGUUUUAGCCAGCUGAAAACGCUAGAUGCUCUGCUGAAAAUGCUUCGGCAUCACAGUUUUUUUUCUUUUUUUUUCAGUUGAGACGCUUUGUUGCUAUGAUAUGGAAUACCCUCUGCACUGUUACUUGUAACUGAUUUCGCAGAUAAUUUGCUGCAAAAAUGUUGACAAUGUAGAGUACCUGCUAUGUAUGUUCGGAGACCAGCAAUAUUAGGCCCUGUUUACACUAGUGCGUUUUUGUUUUAAAGCGGCGUUUUAAAAUGAAAACGAUCCUCGUCUACACUGGCAUUUCCACAGCAUUUCAGAAACGAUCUCCGUCUAUACUACAUGACCGUUCAUGCACACUGGGCAUGUGCGUACAAGUGUAAACAGUUGCCUCUUGCACAUGUAGGUGGCUGCAGUAUUAAAAAAAUGCAGAGUUUAACUACACAAUGGCUGCUAAAAAUGACAACAAACCCAGCAAAGAUUGCAGUUCAGUCUCCAUGUUAUUGUUUACAUGGUCAUCAAGGAUAUGCAGAGCGAACAGCCACGCCAUCGUGUUCGAAAGUCUCCGUUUUUGAGGUUCGAAAAUGCUGGCGUAGUGUAAACGACAGGUGUAACCGUAGCAAAAAUUAUGUGUUUUAAAACAAAAGCACACUAGUGUAAACGGGGCCUUAAUUUCUUAUUCAUUUUGUUCCGUUCUCUGCUUGUUGAUGAUGUUUUACAGCAAGAAUGUUGUGAAAGUUUGGUCGGUGUUGUAUUUGUCCUGCCUUCCUCCACUCUGAUUGGAUGGCUGACUAAAAAGUGAAAGUGAUGAGCACAGCGUUUUACUCAAAGUUUUACUCGACCAUAAAAACGCUGAGUGCUCUUGAAUGUGAAAAAGUCGCUCAGCCUCGUUAUGUUCCUGCCGUUUAAAAAAAACACGCCGCUCCCAUUGAAAACAAUUGGAAAAGUACGCUAGCAGCUGGAUAAAAUGCUUUGGUGGACACACGGCCUAAUAAUGAUUUGGCAACUAUUUUAACGUAAAUCUGAAACAGUAUCAUAGCCAGCUGUUGUCUUUGUUUAUUUGGACAAGAAGUAAAUUGAAACUUCAGGAAGAAAUCAAUAAGAUGCAGUAUUUUUAGUAUGCACAAUUUUGGUCUCUAAUUGCUAUUUAAGUAUAUCCGUUAUUUGACAACACAAAUCACAAAUAUUGUGAGAUCUUUGUAAAGUAAUUCCAAAACACCUGCUUUAGGGACUCCUGAAAAUGACACUGGAGAUUGGACCAUAAUUUAUGUAAGAACUCAAAAACAUGCGUAUCACUUUAAGAUAUACAGUAUUUCUCAAUAUAAUCUAAUUUAUAUGCUUAUUUUUUCACAAUUAAAUUUAUACUACCCAUGCCACAUUUUCAGUGUUUUUUGACUUCAUAUUUCUUAACAUUCUUGUAGUGUUCAGUCAUGUGACUUUUAUGAAAUAAGGUACAAUAAUCUGCUACCUAGAAUAUGCUACUCAUAUUUCCUAUAAUACGCUUGGAGUGUUUGAGAUAUCGCGCUCUUGUGUCAAAGUGCAGGGAUUCAGAAGCAACUAAAUAAAAAAAGGUUCUUGAUAUUUGACCCUGUGGCUUCUAAAGAUACUUUAAAUUCUACCUUUCACUAAAUUCAAUUACAUUCCAUGAUUUGAGUAAUGUUUAUUUCCUUUGAUGUCACAGCUUUACUCACUCCGUUCUUCUCUGAAAAUCAGCAAGUUUGCAUAAUGCUUAAAGGAAUAGUUCACCCAAAAAUGAAAACUGGCAUUAUUUGCUCACCUUCAUGUCAUUCCAAACCUAUAUGCAGUUAGCUUUCUGUUGGAAAAAAAAGGAAAACUUCUGAUGAAUCUUACUCCACUCUUUCUAAUGAUGAUCACAUCUGACUCAUGCACUAUAUAUAUAAGCUUUCUGAACUCGUACAAUAUUUACAUUUCAAUCUCUUCACUUUACGUGACAAAAAGACUGAAAUCUGAAGAUAUUAUUCACUGAGCCUGUUAUGAAUGAGCCAAUUGAAGGUUCAUAAAUCAGUGGAAAAUAAGACUUUCCGAUCUGGUCACAUUAUUUUUGGGUGAAUUACUCAUUUUUAAUUCCUGCUUUUGUCCAUAUUAGACCAUGCAAACAAAAUUGUUGACACAGGUAAUGCCACAAACGUGCGUGAAUGUGCUUGUAUUAAAUAUGUAAAUAUUAUACUGUUAGCUGUAAUCACAUCUGAAUAUUUUAUAGGCGUGUGCAUAAUAUUGCUUUGCAUUACAUUUCUUCCACUCUAAACAAGAAACAUUUCUCAAUCUGGGUUCAGAGCAAAUCAGUAUCAAUACUGCAAAUCACAGCAUGUAAAAAAAAAAAAAAAAAAAAGCCAAAUAUCCACUGUAUCAUCUCAUUAAGUUCCGCAGACUCAACACAUUAUUUCAUUUUCAUGAAUGUAUGCCAAUUACUGUUGCUCAUGAUGUAUUGUUAUGUUGUUUGUGAUAAUUUGUGUUUCAGUGAAAACAAAGUACUCACUGCAGGACGGUUUCAUAUGUUUCAUAGUAUGUUGCAAAUAUACAUUUGCUUGUCGUUUUUCGACCUGGUAUUUGAGGUUGUACUUUUUGUGAAAGUUAAUUUUGCUUUCUAUGUUGGUAUCAGAAUAGUUGUAUUGUGUCUAUGCUGCACCUAAACUCAACCACUACAAAUGUUCUUUUCUGUAUGAAUGUAAUAUGUCUUUUGUUCUCUUGAGGUGUAUUCGUGUAACAUUUAUUUCAUAAAAUGUGGGCAGUGUUGCAAUCAUGUGUAUUGUAUUAUUCUGUAAUUAUAGAUUAUUAUUUCAAGUGU